AAUAAAAAAUAUAUCCCCGAGCAUACAAUGUCUUAAAAACUCCCAUUGACCAACCAAAAACGGCACUGAGAAAACACAGCCUGUAGUUUUUGCCUCUUUUAAUGGCACAAGUCGGCGACCUUCCCUGCGACGGAGAUGGCAUUUGCAUGAUCUGCAAAACUAAACCAUCGCCUGAUGAUUCUCUUACUUGUAGAACUUGCGACACUCCCUGGCACCUUACUUGCCUCUCUUCCCCUCCAGAAACCUCAGCGGACGCUCUUCAAUGGAACUGUCCCGACUGCUCUAUCCUCAAUCCGACUCUCUCCCGAGGAUCGGAGGCCACUUCCUCUGCCCUCAUCGCUGCAAUCCGGAUGAUCGAGUCUGACGUGUCACUCUCCGAGUCUGAGAAGGCUAAGAGACGCCAGCAGCUUGUGAGCGGAGGGGCGCCGUCGUGCUCUGGUGUUGAGGAAGAGAAGGAGAGGAUAACCGGUAGUAAUGAAAUACUUGAUAUCCUUGAUGCUGGAUUCAACUGCUCAUUUUGCAUGCAGUUACCUGAUAGGCCUGUUACGACACCAUGUGGUCAUAACUUUUGCCUUAAGUGCUUCCAAAAAUGGAUUGGACAAGGAAAACGUACAUGUGCAAAUUGCCGGAACCAAAUCCCCUCCAAAAUGGCGAGCCAACCUCGAAUCAAUUCUGUGCUGGUUAUUGCCAUACGCAUGGCUAAGAUGUCAAAAUCCAGCACUGCCGGGGGACCUCAUAAGGUAUACCAUUUUGUUCACAAUCAAAACAGGCCGGACAAAGCUUUCACUUCAGAACGAGCUAAGAAAGCUGGAAAGUCUAAUGCCUGUAGUGGAAAGAUCUUCGUCACCGUUCCUCCUGAUCACUUUGGGCCCAUUCUUGCUGAGAACGAUCCAGUAAGAGAGCAGGGUGUUUUAGUUGGCGAAUCGUGGGAAGAUAGGCUGGAGUGUAGACAAUGGGGUGCUCAUCUUCCCCAUGUUGCAGGAAUUGCUGGUCAGUCAACUCAUGGUGCUCAAUCAGUGGCCCUCUCUGGAGGUUAUGUAGAUGACGAGGACCAUGGCGACUGGUUCCUUUACACUGGGAGUGGAGGAAGGGACCUUAGCGGCAAUAAACGCACAAACAAGGCACAAUCAUUUGAUCAAAAAUUUGAAAAGCUGAAUGAGGCAUUACGAGUAAGUUGCCGCAAAGGAUAUCCUUUAAGAGUAGUCAGAUCUCACAAAGAGAAGCGUUCUUCUUAUGCCCCGGAAACAGGCGUCCGUUACGAUGGCAUAUAUAGAAUUGAGAAAUGCUGGCGUAAGAAUGGAAUGCAGGGCUACAAGGUUUGCAGGUAUCUGUUUGUGAGAUGUGACAAUGAACCUGCACCAUGGACAAGUGACAAUCAUGGGGACCGUCCGCGGCCUCUGCCAGUCAUUGGAGAAUUAGAAAAUGCAGUUGAUGUAACUGAAAGGAGAGGAUCUCCAUCUUGGGACUAUGAUGAGGAAAAAGGUUGUUGGAUGUGGAAGAAACCUCCACCACCUAGUAGAAAAUGGGUUGAUGGUGGAAGUGGAGAAGAUGGCAAGAAAACAAGAAAAGCUAAGGGGCGACGACAAAAUGUGCCUGUGAGGGAAAAGCUUCUGAAAGAGUUAAGCUGUCAAAUUUGUCGGAAGGUGAUGACUAACCCUCUUACUACUCCUUGUGGACAUAACUUCUGCAAAGCAUGCCUGGAGGGUGCUUUUGCUGGUCAAAGUUUCACGAGGCAGAGAACAUGUCAAGGCAGACGAACACUAAGAGUGCAGAAAAACGUUAUGAAAUGUCCGUCUUGUACAAAUGAUAUAGCUGAAUAUCUUCAAAAUCCACAGGUUAAUAGAGAAUUGAUGGGUGUGAUUGAAGCACUACAGCGGAGAAAUGCAGAGUCUGAAAAUUUUGAUGAUUCUACUGAAGAAAGUGAUGCCGUGGAUGGGAAAACAGAUGCUAUUGCUGAUACAGAGAUAUGCAAUAUAAAUAGUGAAGUUGUUGAAGAAGCCAAACCUAGGCAUCAAAUGGAAAGCAAACCUGAGAAAACCUACGAGCAAAUGGCAAGUGGUGAAUGUGACGGGCGAAAUGUUGCUUGGCAGAUGGAAGGGGCAGUGCUCGAACAAUCAGAUCUAGUGAAGGAUGAAACUGGAAUUGAUGCCAAUAUAUCUGAAAAAGUGGACAGUGAUGAACAGCCAUCUACCACUGAAGUGAAGCCGAGCUCCAGGAGAAGAAGGGCUAAUGAUGGUGGGAGCCAGGUAAUAGUGGAUGCUGGAGUUCAGACCAGGAGCAAGAGGGCAAAAGUGAAUGCAGCACAAUGAAGAAUGAUGGUUCUUCUGGUCAUGAAGAGGUUUUUAAUCGCGUGAUGAGCUUCUGUAUAUACAAGAUGAUUGUUGUUGUGAUAGGCAGUUGGUGACUGCCGUAUAUGUAUUUUUAUAUAUAAACACAGCUAUUUGGGCAAGUCUUAGAACCAGGGUGUGGGGAAUCUAAAGAAACUUGUCGUUUACUAAUUAAAAGAUAAAUGGUAUUAUUCUGGCCAGAUAGUAUCAUGACACUAGAGUGACAUUCAGAUAGUAUUGAAAUAAUUCAGGUGGUUUUUAGGACAUUGCUAAAUAUGUGAAA